UGUAGAGCUGCAGCUGCAGGAUGGGUGUAACGAGUGAUUCACUGCACACACACAUGCUAUUCAGAUCACACUCACACUAGUUUCAGCUCUCAGGAAGUAAAACUCAGACACUCGCUGUCACUGAGAGGUGAAAUGGCGCAGAAAGGAGUUCAGUUGGACCGAGAAACCUUCUCUUGUUCGAUCUGUCUGGAUCUACUAAAGGAUCCGGUGACUACUUCCUGUGGACACAACUACUGCAUGGACUGUAUUAAAACCCACUGGGAUGGAGAGGAUGAGAAGGAAGUCUACAGCUGCCCUCAGUGUAGAAAUAGCUUCACACCGAGGCCUGUCCUGCUGAAGAACACCAUGUUAGCAGCUUUAGUGGAGAAGCUGAAGAAGACUGGACUCCAAGCUGCUCCUGCUGAUCACUGCUAUGCUGGAGCUGAAGAUGUGGCCUGUGAUGUCUGCACUGGGAGAAAACUGAGAGCCUGUAAGUCCUGUCUGCAGUGUCUGGCCUCUUAUUGUGACAAACACCUCCAGCCUCACUUUGACGCAGCUACGUUUAAAAAACACAAGCUGGUGGAGCCCUCCAAGAAGCUCCAGGAGAACAUCUGCUCUCGUCACGGCGAGGUGAUGAAGCUGUUCUGCCGCACUGAUCAGCAGAGUAUCUGUUAUCUCUGCUCUGUGGACGAACACAAAGGCCACGACACAGUGUCAGCUGCAGCAGAGAGGACUGAGAGGCAGAGAGAGCUGGAGGGGAGUCGACUAAACAUCCAGCAGAGAAUCCAGGACGGAGAGAAGGAGGUGAAGCUGCUUCAGCAGGAGGUGAAGGCCGUCAAUGGCUCUGCUGAUAAAGCAGUGGAGGACAGUGAGAAGAUGUUCACUGAGCUGAUCCGUCUCAUGGAGAAGAGAAGCUCUGAUGUGAAGCAGCAGGUCAGAUCCCAGCAGAAGAGAGUAGUGAGUCGAGUCAAAGAGCUUCAGAAGAAGCUGGAGCAGGAGAUGGCUGAGCUGAAGCUGCUGUCUCACACAGAGGAUCACAACCAGUUUCUGCACAGCUACCCCUCACUGCCAGCCCUCAGUGAAGCUACACACUCCUCCAGCAUCAACAUCCGUCCUCUGAGCUACUUUGAGGACUUGACGGCGGCCCUGUCAGCAGUCAGAGACAAACUACAGGACGUCCUGAGAGAGGAAUGGACAAACGUCUCAUCGACUGAAGUGGAUGUUUUACUGCCAGCAGCAGAACCCACCACCAGAGCUGGGUUCUUAACAUAUUCACAGGAGAUCACUCUGGAUCCAAACACAGCAUAUGCAUUUCUGUUAAUAUCUGAGGGGAGCAGAAAAGCAAGACUCAUGAAACAACAACAGUCUUAUUCUAGUCACCCAGACAGAUUCACUGAAUGGCCUCAGGUCCUGAGUAGAGGGAGUCUGACUGGACGUUGUUACUGGGAGGUGGAGCGGAGAGGGGGAAGAGUUUGUGUAGCAGUCUCAUACAAGAAUAUCCGCAGAGAAGGGGAUGGGUGUAGAUUUGGAUUCAAUGACAAAUCCUGGGCGUUAGAUUGUAAACAAAACAGAUAUUCAUUUUGUUACAACAAUAUCGAAACUACCGUCUCAGGUCCUCAGUCCUCCAGAGUAGGAGUGUACUUGGAUCACAGAGCAGGUAUUCUGUCCUUCUACAGCGUCUCUCAAACCAUGACUCUCCUCCAAAGAGUCCAGACCACAUUCACUCAGCCGCUACAUGCUGGAGUUUGGGUUUGUGAUGAUGGAGACGCAGCUGAGUUGUGUAAACUGAAAUAGCCUGAAGACAUUUGAGGAACUCUUCUCUACUUCGUGUCCAUCAUUGUUGCUGAGAGCUGAUUGUUCAUGUCUUCACUGCACA